CUCGCGGGGUUUCUACUUCAACACUGUCCUGUCGCUGGCCCGCUCCCUGGCUGUGCAGAGACCGGCAUCUCUGGAGAAGGUCCAAAAGCUGCUUUGUAUGUGCCCAGUAGAUUUCCAUGGGAUCUUCCAAUUGGACGAGAGGCGGAGAGAUGCGGUGAUUGCGUUGGGCAUCUUUCUCAUUGAAUCUGACUUACAGCACAGAGACUCGGUGGUUCCUUACCUCCUCCGACUUCUUAAAGGUCUUCCGAAAGUGUGUUGGGUAGACGAGAGCACGGCUCGGAAGGGCAGAGGUACGCUCCCGGUGGCCGAGAGCUUCAGCUUCUGCUUGGUCACGCUGCUGUCUGACGUGGCUUACAGGGACCCUUCCCUGAGGGGCGAGAUAUUAGAGGCGCUGUUGCAGGUUUUGCACGUGCUUUUGGGAAUGUGCCAGGCCCUAGAGAUUCAAGAGAAAGAGUACCUCUGCAAGCACGCGGUCCCAUGCCUGCUGGGAAUCGCACGUGCCUUCGGGCGGCACAGCAGCUCGGAGGAGUCGCUCCUGUCCAGGCUCUUCCCCAGAGCGCCGCCGCACGCCCCCCGCGUGCCCGAGGAGCUGGAAGGCGUGCGCCGGCGGUCCUUCAACGACUUCCGCUCCAUCCUCCCCAGCAGCCUGCUCACCGUGUGUCAGGAGGGCACCCUGAAGAGGAAGGCCAGCAGCGUGUCCAGCGUGUCGCAGGUCAGCCCUGAGCGCGGGGCGCCCCCUCCCGGCUCCCCCGGAGGAUCUGCCUUUCACUGCCUCGAAGCCUCUUACUCGCCUGAUGGGAGCGCCCCGGAAUCCGACUACUACUUCUCUGCCGUCAGCUCCAGCUUCUCUGUCUCUCCUCUCUUCAACGGCGUCACCUACAAGGAGUUCAGCAUUCCCCUCGAGAUGCUCCGGGAGCUCUUAAGCCUGGUGAAGAAGAUCGUGGAGGAGCCUGUUCUCAAGUCCCUGGACGCCGUGGUCACUGGUGUGAUCGAGGCCAACCCCAGCGCCGACCUCUACUACAGUGCCUUCAGCGACCCACUGUACGUGGCUGUGUUCAGGAUGCUGCGGGACACCCUGUACUACAUGAGAGACCUGCCCACCUCCUUCGUGAAGGAGGUGCACGACUUCGUGCUGGAGCAGUUCAACAGCAGCCAGGGGGAGCUCCAGAAGAUUCUGCACGACGCCGACCGGGCCCACAGCGAACUGAGCCCCCUCAAGCUGCGCUGCCAGGCCAGCGCCGCCUGCGUGGACCUCAUGGUCUGGGCGGUGAAGGAUGAACAAGGUGCAGAGAAUCUGUGUGUUAAGCUGUCUGAGAAGCUGCAGUCCAAGACGUCCAGCAAGGUUAUCAUAGCGCACCUGCCGUUGCUCAUCUGCUGUCUGCAGGGCCUAGGCCGCCUGUGCGAGCGGUUCCCGGUGGUGGUGCACUCCGUGACACCUUCCCUGCGCGACUUCCUGGUGGUCCCAUCCCCCGUGCUGGUGAAGCUGUACAAGUGCCACAGCCAGUACCACACAGUUGCCGGCAAUGACAUAAAAAUCAGCGUAACCAACGAGCAUGCAGAGUCGACCCUGAAUGUGGCGUCGGGGAAGAGGAGCCAGCCGUCCAUGUACGAACAGCUUCGGGACAUUGCCAUCGACAACGUCUGCAGGUGCCUGAAGGCGGGCCUGACCGUGGACCCGGUGAUCGUGGAAGCCUUUCUGGCCAGCCUCUCCAACCGGCUCUACAUCUCCCAGGAGAGCGAUAAGGACGCGCACCUGAUUCCCGACCAUACCAUCCGAGCCUUGGGACACAUCGCGGUGGCCCUGAGAGAUACCCCGAAGGUCAUGGAGCCCAUUUUGCAGAUCCUGCAGCAGAAAUUCUGCCAGCCCCCCUCCCCGCUUGACGUGCUCAUCAUCGACCAGCUAGGCUGCCUGGUCAUCACCGGAAACCAAUAUAUUUAUCAGGAGGUGUGGAACCUCUUCCAGCAGAUCAGUGUGAAGGCCAGCUCGGUCGUGUACUCAGCCACCAAGGACUACAAGGACCACGGCUACAGGCACUGCUCGCUGGCGGUGAUCAACGCCCUGGCCAACAUCGCAGCCAACAUCCAGGACGAGCAUCUGGUGGAUGAGCUGCUCAUGAACCUGUUGGAGCUGUUCGUGCAGCUGGGGCUAGAGGGCAAGCGGGCCAGUGAGCGGGCCAGCGAAAAGGGGCCCGCCCUCAAGGCCUCCAGCAGCGCGGGGAACCUGGGCGUGCUCAUUCCUGUGAUCGCCGUGCUCACCCGGCGGCUGCCACCCAUCAAGGAGCCGAAGCCGCGGCUGCAGAAGCUUUUCCGGGACUUCUGGCUGUACUCGGUGCUGAUGGGCUUUGCUGUGGAGGGCUCAGGACUCUGGCCAGAGGAAUGGUACGAGGGGGUCUGUGAGAUCGCCACCAAGUCCCCGCUGCUGACCUUUCCCAGCAAAGAGCCCCUGCGGUCCGUCCUCCAGUACAACUCGGCCAUGAAGAACGACACGGUCACGCCCGCCGAGCUGAGUGAGCUGCGCAGCACCAUCGUCAACCUCCUGGACCCGGCCCCUGAGGUGUCCGCCCUCAUCGGCAAGCUGGACUUCGCCAUGUCCACCUACCUGCUGUCCGUCUACCGGCUGGAGUACAUGAGGGUCCUGCGCUCCACUGACCCCGACCGCUUCCAGGUGAUGUUCUGCUACUUUGAGGACAAAGCUAUCCAGAAAGACAAGUCCGGGAUGAUGCAGUGUGUGAUCGCCGUUGCCGACAAGGUGUUCGAUGCCUUCCUGAACAUGAUGGCAGAGAAAGCCAAGACCAAGGAGAACGAGGAGGAGCUGGAGCGCCAUGCGCAGUUCUUGCUGGUCAACUUCAACCACGUCCACAAGCGCAUCCGCAGGGUGGCCGACAAGUACCUGUCUGGGCUGGUGGACAAGUUCCCCCACUUGCUCUGGAGCGGGACGGUGCUGAAGACCAUGCUGGACAUUCUGCAGACCCUGUCGCUGUCACUGAGUGCUGACAUUCACAAGGACCAGCCGUACUAUGAGAUUCCCGACGCGCCCUACCGCAUCACCGUCCCGGACACCUACGAGGCCCGAGAGAGCAUCGUCAAGGACUUCGCCGCGCGCUGCGGGAUGAUCCUUCAGGAAGCCAUGAAGUGGGCGCCCGCGGCCACCAAGUCCCACCUGCAGGAGUACCUGAACAAGCACCAGAACUGGCUGUCGGGGCUGUCGCAGCACACGGGGCUGGCCAUGGCCACCGAGAGCGUCCUGCAGUAUGCUGGCUACAACAGGCAGAACACGAGCCUCGGGGCGACGCAGCUCACGGAGCGGCCGGCCUGUGUCAAGAAGGACUACUCCAACUUCAUGGCUUCACUGAACCUGCGCAACCGCUAUGCGGGCGAGGUGUAUGGGAUGAUCCGGUUCUCAGACGCCACAGGCCACACGUCGGACCUGAACAAGAUGAUGGUCCAGGAGCUGAGGGCCGCGCUGGGCGCUGGUGAUGCUCAGCAGUACACUCAGGCCAUGUUCAAGCUGACCGCCAUGCUCAUCAGCAGCAGAGACUGUGACCCGCAGCUCCUCCACCACCUGUGCUGGGGCCCCCUGCAGAUGUUCAACGAGCACGGCAUGGAGACCGCCCUGGCCUGCUGGGAGUGGCUGCUGGCCGGCAAGAACGGGGUGGAGGUGCCGGUAAGACGCUGGCCGUGGGGCCCGAGGGUUGGAGAACCAGCCUUGGCCCACUGGCUGUGGAGCAUGGAGACCCUGGGCAGGCCCCCUUGUACCCCCGGGGCCUCGCACAUCAGUAAGAGGUGAUGUGAAAGCCCAACCCCAGGACCAUCUCUGGGUUAGAGGGGACUUGGGCCCAAGGCUGCCGUUCCCCCAGUGCUCGGCAGGGGGCGCCCUUGCUCCGCCGGCGGCUGCUUUGCAUCCCCCAGUCUGUGCCCUACGAGGGAUAUCUCCUCACGUCCAAGGUGAGGAGCAGCGGCUGCGCUUUGCUGGAGCAGCUGUGAAGAGAUACCCCACGUCCAAGGUAAGAGAGAGCUAAGUAAAAUGGUAGGUGUUGUGAGAGGGCAUCAGACAGCAGACAUACUGAAACCAUAAUCGCAGAAAGCUAGCCAGUCUGAUCACAGGACCACAGCCUUGUCUGACUCAGUGAAACUAAGCCAUGCCGUGUGGGGCCACCCAAG